CGUGCCUGCAACCCCACAGUCAAGCAGUUCAUCCGCAACGUACGCGCCGCGAAGACCAUCGCCGACGAAAGAGCCGUCAUUCAGAAAGAAAGCGCAUCCAUCCGUGCCAGCUUCAGGGAAGAGAGCGCAGACCACGGUGUCAGGCGGAACAAUGUGGCCAAGCUACUCUACCUCUUCACGCUUGGCGAGCGCACUCAUUUCGGCCAGAUUGAGUGCUUGAAGCUUCUCGCAUCACCUCGUUUCGCCGACAAGCGGUUAGGGCAUUUGGCAACAAGUUUGCUGCUGGACGAGAACCAGGAGGUUCUCACCUUGGUCACCAACUCUCUCCAAAAUGACCUGCAACAUUCUAAUCAAUACGUGGUCGGUCUUGCCUUGUGUACUCUCGGAAACAUCGCCUCGGUCGAAAUGUCGAGAGAUUUGUUCAGUCAGAUCGAGAACCUGAUAUCCACCGCGAACCCCUAUAUUCGACGAAAAGCAGCCCUCUGCACCAUGCGGAUUUGUCGAAAAGUACCAGACCUACAAGAACACUUUAUCGAAAAGGCGAGCCAGCUUCUGUCCGAUAGGAAUCACGGCGUGCUGCUCUGCGGCCUGACCUUGGUCAACAGUCUUUGCGAGGCCGACGAAGCCGAGGGCGGUGAGGAGGGAAUUGUCGACAAGUUCAAGCAGUUCGUCCCUGCUCUCGUGAGGAUUCUGAAGGGGCUGGCAUCCUCGGGAUAUGCCCCUGAGCACGACGUCACUGGAAUUACAGACCCCUUCUUGCAGGUCAAGCUUCUGCGGUUGCUUCGUGUUUUGGCCCGCAAUGAUGCCCAGGUAACAGAACAGAUCAACGAUAUUCUCGCGCAGGUCGCGACCAACACCGACUCUUCCAAGAAUGUUGGAAACUCGAUUCUCUACGAGGCGGUACGGACGAUUCUGGAUAUCGAGGCGGACUCUGGCUUGCGUGUUCUGGGUGUGAAUAUUCUGGGCAAGUUCUUGACGAACAAGGAUAACAACAUUCGCUACGUCGCGCUGAACACCUUGGUCAAGGUGGUGGCCAUCGAUACUAACGCCGUACAAAGACAUCGGAAUACUAUUUUGGAGUGUCUGAGGGAUCCCGAUAUCAGCAUCAGGAGAAGAGCCUUGGACCUCAGCUUUACCCUCAUCAACGAGAGCAAUGUUCGGGUUCUGAUUAGGGAACUGUUGGCAUUCUUGGAGGUGGCCGAUAACGAGUUUAAGCCAACCAUGACCACCCAAAUUGGCGUCGCUGCGGACCGUUAUGCACCAAACAAGAGGUGGCAAUUCGAUACCAUGUUGCGCGUGCUGAGCUUGGCGGGCAAUUACGUGAAGGAGCCGAUCUUGUCGUCCUUCGUUCGUCUUAUCGCCACAACCCCUGAGCUUCAGACGUAUGCCGUACAAAAGCUUUACGCGAAUCUCAAAAAGGACAUCACACAGGAGAGCUUGACACAAGCCGGUGCUUGGUGUAUUGGUGAGUAUGGCGAUGCUCUGCUCCGUGGUGGUCAGUACGAGGAGGAGGAAUUGGUCAAGGAGGUCAAGGAGCACGAAAUCGUUGAUCUCUUUUCCACCAUUCUUAGCAGCAGUUAUGGUACUCAGGUUACCACCGAGUAUGUGAUCACAGCCUUGGUCAAACUCACGACCAGGUUCUCCGAGCCAGCACAGAUCGAACGGAUACGGCGCCUGUUGCAAAACCACCAGACAAGUUUGGACGUCGAGGUGCAACAACGUGCGGUUGAGUUCAGCAACCUGUUUUCAUACGACGACAUUCGCCGUGGUGUGCUCGAGAAGAUGCCGCCUCCUCAGAUCAAGGAAUCAUCACGAGUACUUGGCGAAGCGGCGAAGAAGACGAAGAAGGCGGACAACAGGAAGUCCAAGUCUCUCAAGCCGAAAGAGGAGGAUCUUCUUUUCGACCUCAUGGGCGAUAGCGGACCAUCGGCCCCGUCGCCAGUCAAUGGCACUCAGAACGCGGAUUUGCUUGCGGAUAUUCUUGGAGGAGCCAGCGCCCCGGCUCCUACCAGCUCUUCGCCAGCUCCGGUACAGUCCAAUGUGGCCUCGAUCAUGGAUCUCUUUUCGCAAGGACCAACGUCCACGCCACCUCCCGGCCCGGCUGCUGCCGCCCCUCCACCCAGCGCCGCCCUCUUCUCCAUGGAUGCUGUCCCAGCACCACAGGCGGCCGCUGCUCCUGCUGUCCCAGUUGGACACCCUUGCUACGACAACAACGGCCUGAACGUGACUAUCCAGACACAAAGAAACGCGGAAGGCACAGUUCAGGCCAUCGCCAGAUUCAAGAACACGUCUGGGGCCCCUCUCUCCAAUGUUGGGCUGCAGGCUGCUGUGCCAAAAUCACAGAAGUUGCAGUUACUCAGCAUUUCAUCGACAGAUGUGGCGCAUGGUGCUGAGGCCACACAAAUGAUGAGGGUAGCGGGUUGCAAGGGGCCUCUGCGGUUGCGCUUGAAGAUUGGGUAUACUCACCCCGCGGCGGGACAGGUAAUGGAUGUGGUUGCUUGGCAGGAGCCUGCUUAA